GAGCGGCGCACUUUUGUUUAUAUUUAAAUUGGAAUCAGCAGCGUUUUCCAUGAUUUAUUAAGGUCGCGAUGAGCCUUCUUUGAUCAAUUCACAAUCGUUUUGUGGAUAUUAUUUCUUGCUAGAGGCAAAGUUUACCACUGGCUAAAGUUCAAUAAACGUUGUUUAACUCCAUGUGGUUAUCUGGUCAUGUUCCCUGUAAGGACAAUGGCACCCAAACUGACUUCCAAGCAGACUUCAACUGCUGCAUCAAAGAUCAAAAAUAAGAUUCUCAACACCUCCUCCUUCUUCAAGGUCUCCUUGAAGACCAACAACAAGGCUUUAGCUCUGGCUUUAGAGGCCCAGAAGGAGAGGAGCAGGCAGCUGGAGAAAGAGAUUGUGUACCUUCAGAAGCAAGUAGAAGCUCUGUGCUUCGAGCUGGCCACCAAGAAGUACAAGCACAGAAAGCUGCUCCUCAUCUUGAAAAACCUUCAUAGCAACACUGUGCAGCACUUGAACAUGGCGGCUGACCUAUUCUCUGACAGUGACGUUCCUAAACUACCCGAGGAUGACCAGGCCUUAUCUGGUGACAUCGACAAAGACAAUCUUGUUGUGGAAAGUCUAACAGGUCACUUACCUCCUCAGCCAGACAUUUCAGAGCCUUUGCUGUGUCCCCUCCAAAAAGUAAUGACAAACGUGUCUGAGGAAAACAUAUGUUCAGAUGUCUUCAGUACCCAGAACAGACCACAAAUCUCCACUGAUACUUCAAAGGGUAACGCAGAUACCAAAGAAAGGCAGUGUUUGCAGUCACCCCAAAAGGGAAUAUCCCGCCCAUCCAGCAGUUUAAGGGAUGAAGUAGAGAGACUGUCAAUUAUGUUCUCGCAGUCUGGGUUUGAUGUGAAGUCAUCCCUCUGUCAGAACACUCAUCCCCCCUCAGUUGUAAGCAUGUGCGAAAAAUCCAAACCAUUUCUUUCUGAUGGUGCUCACCUUCCAAGCAGCUCGAUCAUGGAAACAGAACCAGAGCAUAGCAACAAACAAGAGAAGACUGUGCUUCUGAACACAACAAUGGAGAUGACUCUAACUAAUGCCACUGAAAUAGUCACUGUGGAAACCAAGGCCAAAAAAACAGGCCGCUCUGGCAAGAAGAAUAAGGAUAAAGCCUAUGGGUCAAGUGAGACUGAAAAUUCACAAGUGAAGAAGGUGAGUGACCUUCAGAGUGCUCCCACUGGCACUUUGUUACAGACAGAUAACCAUGCACAGGAGGAUAGUAGAGACCCAGAGGUUAUUGAGCUUCAGUCACCCAAAGCACAGUGUAAAAGUGUCAUUACCUCUCGUCUUCCUAAAUUGAGCAAGUCUGAAGUGGGAAGCCAUCAGAAAAGGAAAAAGGACAAAUUCAAAUCCAAUUGCCAAACCAAGUCCAAGUCCUGUGACACUGUUCCACCAGGUGUGGAUGAUUAUUUCAUGGAUCCUGGAAUCACAGUCUCCAAAGUCAGUGGAAGUGUAAAGUUAGGACCAGAGAAAGAUACUGCUGAAGAAGCAAGGUCCAAGAUCACGUGCAGGAGGUCCAGGACUAAAGGAAGGAGGAUGUCCUCAGUUACCAGGAAAACAUUUGUUGUUUUGCCUCCAUCGCUGCAUGAAAGUGAGAGCAGUCAGUCCGAAUUGGAACAGGUCUGUAAUGAAGUGGGAGAAGAACACGUGCACAGUAAACCGCUAACAGCAACAAAUUCUGGGGGAAGCCACAAAUCCAAAUGCAGAGGAACAUUUGUUGUCUCAACGGCCAGCAAUAACAUCUCUUCAGACACACCUGAAUUAGAGCAGGACUUAGUACCUUCUACAAGAUCCUCCAACUGUGAGACAGAAGAACCGUCCAUAGUAACUAAUGAAAGUAUCGAUCUACAACAUUUAGAAUCGCCUCCACGCUGGCACAGUGGUGGACACUUUGUCAAGGAAACACAGAGCUCCAGUAAGCGUCCUUGGCUGGCUACUCAAAAUUCAGGGAGCCCUCAAGACAAUUUGAUUAACAAAGAUAAUCAUGAAAUAUCACUGCCUGACCAAGUCUGUGCUUCAAGGACAGAGUUUCAGAAACCUAAAAAAGCCAGGAGAGAGGAAUUGAGUCAAUCCAUUAAGAAGAAAACUGUGCAGAGGGAGGAGUGGGAUGAUCAUUUAAAUGACAGGAAAAUGAAGGAAAAAAGUGGCCGUAGCAGCAAAGCAUUUCAAUCUGAGGUUGAAGCAUGGUAUCAUAGGUCCCACGUUGAUGGGCCUGAAAGAAAUAAAGAACAGUAUGAUGAUUUUCAAGUGGUUGACUCGCAUGAUGACAUCUCCGAACGUUUGUAUGAGUCGAAAUCCAACGAGUCAGAGUCCAGGGUGGAGCAGUGUGGAAAUGUGUCCAAGCUACAUACGCCCAUAGAACCCAGAAAUCCAAGAGAGACUUUUGUUGUCUAUAGGCGGGAAAGUCAAGACAGCAUUUCGCUAAACAACAGAAGGACGUCUGUGUCACGUGGCUACAGUCACGUGACGGACACUGGUCAUGUGGCAGUUCAUGAGAAUCUGGGAGGCCUCCUGAUGGAUGAGAUCCCACCAUGGUUGGCUGUAGAUAUCAGCACUGCUGACACUGAGGUGGGCUCAUUACUCACCACUCCAAAGAGGAAGACCUCAUUCACAACAGCAGUGAUUAAGGAGUCUGCUGCUGUCACUGCUGAAGCCUCUCCAGCAGGGAGAGUCUUAACAUCACUGACCAACACCAUUGCAACCCCAGACAGUGAAAACGGAGGGAGAACCAGGAGGCGAAAUGGUGUGCUCAGUUACAAGGAGCCAGCCCUCAACAGUAAAAUAAGGCGUGGAGAUAAAUUCACUGAAAGCACCUUUCUGAGCUCUCCGGUGUUUAAGAACGGCAAGAAGAAGAGGCAGAAGAAGACUGGGACCAACCCAAAGCUGGAAUGAUCCAUUUUGUUGGACUGAUGAUUCCUUUCUUUCUUCCUUUACCUGGUUCAUUUUAACUUGUUGAGUUUUUUUCAAAGAACCUUUUCACCUGUCUGUUUAGUCAAAGGUGAAACGAGUUCCUUGACAAACACAUUUUUGCAGAUUAAAUGGAACUAAUCUGUGUUCACAUCGAAACCACUCUGCAUGUUCUCGUAGCUGCUGUUCCGCUUAUUUUGUGUCUCGGUCUUAGAGAUUGUCAGGAGGCUGACCAUAAAUUAUUCAAUCCUUUCUGUUCACCUGAGAAGUCGGUUCCGCACUGCUGUGAAAAGCUUGUGCUCCCCACAAAGGUUACCAGAUUCAGUGUCGCAAAACCGCAGCCAACCCUGUUUCUGUAUAAUUAAACAAACUGAAGGUCUGUAAGCUGUUUUUUUUUUUUUCUUCUUCGACAGUUUCAGCGUACAGAAUUGUGUGGUGAGUCCAGAUGUUUGCAUGCUCACUUUGUUUUAGAUGUUAGAUUGAUUGUUUUUUUGUUUUUUUAUAUAUAUAUGCUCAUUAAAAUGUUAUUGAACAGAA